AGUUAGUCCAAGCUGCAUCUGUAUCCAGGGGUUCAGGGUUUAGCUAUUUUUCAUUUUUCUGAUUUAGCAGGACCAACAUGGCUGGGUUCAGGUCAUCAGCACUGCUAACAGUACUCAUACUCACUUUUAGGAGCUUUGAAGGGGCGACCCAGCCUGGCUCCUGCAGGCUUGUGUGUGACCCAGGAAAACAUGAGCUGGAUGCUAAUGGCCUGGUCAUCCCCCUCUCUUCUUCUGGAAGGGGUCCAAUGGGUCCUCCAGGGCCACCAGGAAAAGCAGGGCCUCCUGGACCCCCUGGACCUAAAGGACAGGCAUCUCUUAUAAAGGGACCAGUGGCUUUUUACGCAGCACUGAAGGAAGACUUUGGGAAAGAAGACAUUCUGAAGUUCAGUACGGUGAUAACAAAUCUUGGUGGCCACUAUGACGCCUCGACUGGAACUUUCACGUGCAACUUUGCUGGUGUGUACUACUUCAGUUACCACAUAGUGAAGAAUGGACUCAGCCUCAGAGCCGACCUGGUGCUCAAUGACCACAAGACUGUGGCGAGCGCAGUGGCAGUUGAUGCGCUCCACACGGACACGGCCAGUAACAGUGCGGUGUUGCAGUUGAGCGUCGGCGAUCGGGUGUAUGUGCGCUUGAACAAGAGUGACAGCACACUUAAGGACACCCAGAACCUCUUCAGCACCUUUUCUGGCCACUUGCUGUAUGAGCUUUGAGACACAUGCUGUUAUAGCUUCAACUGUACCGGCUUGAUCGCUGAAUCUGAAGCACAUUCCAUGCCUCUACCCAAUUAUCUCUGCCUUUGUGCUUUGUAUUCAACCCAGUUUUUUUUAUUGAAUAAAAGCAAAGUUCUGUUA